UGACUGACAGCGUGAGGGAUCAGGAGAUCGGUUGCCGUGGCAGCGUGGCACGGCUCUCUCGCCAGCAGGGGCCCGAAUCUGAGCAGGAGCAAGAAGCGCUAGCCGGGGACCUGCGCAUCGGCCCCCUGUCACUGCGCGCAUUUCUCACGGCCUGCCGUCGGCGUGGAUCCGCUUCCUGUUCUCUGCUGGGUGCUGCGGUUGAUCGUCCAACAUCUGUGGGACCCCCCUGUGCGGGACCCCCCCUCUCUUCCAGGCGCGGAGCUGCGCACCAUGUCCGCGGAGCCCUCGGGCCCUCCCGUCUCCCCUGGGGCCAGCCGGACCCCGCCCGUGCCCCCCCAGGUGGACUCUGAGCCCCAGGUGUCACCCCCUUUGCAGAUGGAACCCUCACAGCAUGUGAAGACCAGCAUCAGGGAGGGAUCAGCCGCGUUCCCCGUGAGAGACAGCGCCCCCCACAGGCUGAAGGACAGUCCUGAGGAGAGGGGCCGGAGACACAGUGCGGACGGGGCGACCACAGACGAGGGAAGAGGGCACUUCCACCCGUACCAACGGCAGUACAGCGAUGGGGCAAAACCUCGCCUCCCGCCCCCCUACCCCCAGCCCCAGCCCCGCCCCUCACCCCACCCACCCCACCCCGUGUGCUUCCAGGGAAUGGAUCAACCGGAAUCACUCCCAGCUGCACAUACCCACCCCGACCAAGGGGGGCAGCAGAGAGCCUGGGACCCAUACAGGGAAUGUAUACGGCCCUCCAGAGGAAGGGGAGCACAGCCGAAAUACCCAGAAAGCCAUUCCCACAUCCACGGUGCCUACACUUCCCAGCAUUCCUUGCAGCAGUUUCCAGCAGGUAUGUUUUCGGCAGUUGGACAGUCCGGCUACAGUUUACAGUGCCUCCCCCAACGGGAGCCCUUCAGGACAGGACAUAAACAUGGUCACACAAACCUACAUACACUCUACACCCAAACCCAUUACUCCAUAACAUGUAAAAACAUACAUCUGCACAACCAUACUCAUAACAUGAAACUCACCUACCCCAAACCCAUCUACUCCUACAACAUCCUCAUCUUCAUGGCGCUGCGGAGCAGCCGGACGGGCAGCCUCCCCGUCAGCGAGAUCUACGGCUUCAUGACCGAGCACUUCCCCUACUUCAAGACCGCCCCUGAUGGCUGGAAGAACUCGGUCCGCCACAACUUGUCUCUGAACAAGUGCUUUGAGAAGGUGGAGAACCGGAGCGGGGGCGGGGCCGGGGGCGGGGCCUCACGGAAGGGCUGCCUCUGGGCGCUGAACCCCGCCCGCGUGGAGAAGAUGCAGGAGGAGCUGCACAAGUGGCGCCGCAAAGACCCGCUGACCGUGCGCAAGAGCAUGGCCCGGCCAGAGGAACUUGGUCGGCUGCUGGGGGAGAACACUGACGGCCUGAGACCUGUCCCCUCCCACUUCGCCUGCCCCAGCCACCUCCAAGGCCCCGCCCACCUUGCCACCCCAGGGCAGACUCCGCCCCCACGAGGCAGGGCCAGCUUUGACCCGCCCCCCUCCUUCGGCCACUCCCAGCCAGGGGCCCCAGGUUACGCCUUUGGCCACUCCCACCAAAGCCAAGCCCCGCCCCCCUUCUCGUACCCCUCCUCUGGGAUUCCGCAGGAGGCAGGAGGCGCCCUGGAGUCGCCGCUGGCCGCUCAGACCCCGCUCUACAGCGCCGCCCUGCAGGCUCACCACUGCCGCCCCAGAACUAUGCAGGAGCUGCUGAUGGACGGGGAGCUCUGCAGCGACACUGACACCCUCAACCCCACGCUCACCGACCUGCAGCUGCAGGGUAACCUGUGGGAGGAGUUAAGAAAUGACAGCCUAGCCCCUGAUUCGCUGCAGCUCGUGCCGACUUCAGCCAGCCCUGCCCCACCCAACCACGCCGGGACCCUCUCCCCCUGCUGCCCAUGAAACGGAGGGGGGGGGGGUGGAUG